UCUCCAUUAGUAUAUAGCGGGCGACGAAAGCGACAACAGCAUGGCCUCCGCCGCUCCCUCCGUUCCGAUUUCUGAUUAUGCGCUCAGUGUGGUUGACGAAUUCCCUAGAAUCAACAGACAACGCCAGGUUGAGAGCUCUAUUGCGUCUAAAACUCUUGUCGACAUUUUACCUGUAAAUUUGUCCAGCCACGCCCGGUUAAAAGAUAAGUACCUAGAGUUCCGCGUGCCGGGGGUGAAGGGGGCAUUUAUCGAUCUUGCUAAAUUAAUUCUUGAGUUGAAAUUAAGUGUCACUCAAGCUGAUGGACAAACAAAAGUCGAGGAGGCUGUCAAUGUCGAAUUCUGCAAUGGCACUGCUAAUACCAUGUUCAAAUCAAUUCAGGUGUAUGUAGGCGAUCAAAUGGUUGAAAGUAACCCAUACUUUAAUUACUGGUCAUUCCUAAAAAUGCUCACCACCUUCUCCACGUUAAAACUCAAAUCAUUCGGAGAAAUAGGAAACCUCCUCAAAGAUAACAGGUCGGGUGGAGCAGGCGUAGCUGAAACCUAUGACGCCGCAUACUUCACUAGCCUUGGGAGCAAAUACAAGAGACAUUUAAAAGAUAUCAAAGAUCACGGUCUUCAUCUCACCUUCCAUUUAAUGUCGGACAUUACUUCUUGUGAUCAGUAUUUAUGCGACGACAUCCCAUUGAGAAUAAGGCUUGAGUUAGCUAACGAAGCUUGGUAUUUGAACACUGACGGCGAUGGGAGUGCUGUGCGUGCCCAUAUUGAUUUUGCUAAACUUUGGGUCACCAGACUCCAACCCUAUCCGUCAGCAUUGCUUGCAUUAAAUAAAGAAUUAGAGACAGGAAAAAUAACGCGUACAAUAUUUAACAAGACGUUAUAUAAAUCUCUGGUUCUCGGCAAACAGCAGACAAGUAUUGUCUGUGACCAACCGUGGGGAAAUGUCAUUCCAGAGCGUUUAUAUAUCGUUAUGGCUGACAUGAGGGCCUUUUCGGGUGUAUAUAAUAAAAAUGGCUUGUAUUUCAAGAAUGCUGAUUUGUCUGAACUAACAGUCUCUGUCAAUGGUAUGAAUAUGUAUAAAAAUACGGUUUCUUUUCCCCACGAGUGUACGCGAGUCUAUUAUGAUAUUUUAGAUAGUUUAGGAGUAGAAAAUGACACUUUGCUUGAUUACGAUAGCUUUAGGAAAGGAAGGACAGUGUUUGUUUUUAGUUUGUUACCGGAAGACAUACGAGGCACAGUGCCUCUUGAACACAGUGGAAACUUACGCAUAAGUCUUCAGCUUAAAAAAGGCUUGGAUGAAAAUUUAGUAAUUAUCUGUUUUGGGGAUACAAAGGGAGUGUUGUCAAUCAACUCGGAGAGGCACGUGUCUUGCGACACUAGAGCAUAAUGAAUAAUCAACAAAUUAUGAAAGCUCUACAAGGAAGACUUUAUCACAAUAAUAUAUAUUUCUUAGGCUGUCUUCCCGCUGACGAUGUAGCGAAAUUAAAUCUAAGGAGUGAGUCAGACAAGCCCAUUGUCUUUAUUGCUAAUGUGUUAGGCGCGUCGCAAGCUUCGAAAAUGGGUCACUGGGUGGUGUUCUAUGUUAGUGAUAAGUGUAUAUAUUUCUUCGACACAUACGCCCUGACCCCAUCAUUAUAUUCUAAGUACUUUCGAAGUUUCUUAAAUAAGCAUAAAGAUUAUCCUGUUUUUAAACUUGCCGCAAGAUUACAGUCGGACAAAACUCUGGUGUGUGGCGUGUAUUGCACUCAAUUCGUAUACUUAUGUAAUAAAAUAGGCUUAGAGAGGACUAGUCAGUUUUUGAAAGAUAAUUAUGAUUUAGGAAAUUUUUUGAAGAAUGACAGAAAGGUGUUAACAUAUGCUUAUAGAAUGUUUAAAAUGCCCCCAUGUAUAAAAACAUUUUGUCAAUCUAGUCAAGGACUGACUUACAAGCAUUGUAUUUCUAAGAUAUGUGGCUAACUUAUUAAAUGUUACAUGAUAAUAAUGUGUAUGUGUGUGUGUAAAAAAUGUAGAGCAGUAGCAUGUAGCUUAUUCAUUUAUGGCGUGUGUGUGCAAUUAUAUGUAGUUAUUAAGAACAGGAUUUUUUUUUUUUUUCGUGCGAUGUGACCGGGUGGGUGUGAGUUUGUUCACGCUUUCCUAUGUGUAAAAAAAAUGUAGAGAAGUAGUAUAUAGCUUAUUCAUUUAUGGCGUGUGUGUGUAGUUAUAUGUAGUUAUUAAGAACAGGAUUCUGUUUUUUUUUUUCGUGCGACGUGACCGGGUGGGUGUGAGUUUGUUCACGCUUUCCUAUUGUUCGGAAGAAGAAUGGCUUGUGGUUUUGGGCAUGUGCGCGCGUGUUUGCAUACAUGUGUGGGCGUGUCCCCUAUAACCUGGGGUAGCCUCGGAAGAAGAAAAGGCUUGUGGUAGUGUGCGCAUAUGCCCCAAAUAACCCCGGGUAGCUUAGUCAGUCCCCUAACGUUGCGAGAGGAGCGUCAUGGAGGAAGUCUUCGCCGUCAUGAACUUACAACAACAGCCCCACGCUGCCGCUGCAACUCUUCAUGCUGACGAUGUUGACGAUCAGAUAAUGGGUCAAGCCGCAUUAGAAGUUGAAGCCAUGGAUAACACAUCCCAAGCUGAAGCCGUGGAUAACACAUCACAUCCCAGAAACGGAGCGGAUGUUGGUGGUGGUGAGGUGGGGGAUGUUCCAGAAACUCCCAAGUCUACCGGUGAACACAUCACGGGCGAGUCAUUGGGCAACAACAACCGCGGCGCGUUGGGAGGUGUCGGUAAAAUGGGGCGGCGUGUGCUGAGGGAAGGACUUCUGCGACUUCUGAAGGAUGUGAUACCUCCAUUACCAGUGUCUCAUCUGAAGAACGACCCACCGGACAGCGUAACGCAUAUCCACGGCAACAACAACAGACACGCUUCGGUGAUGGUGUGUCUUGACUCUCCGUCGGGCGCUGAAUCGCGAGAGCGGCGGCGAAGUCGUCUGCAGCAAAAAGAUCAUGAAAUGCGUCAAUCACGACUGGAAAAAAAAAAUGCAGCAUAUGGCGGAAGUGUUGCGGCAGCUCCAGCAGCAGGGGCGUAGCGAGCAGCAGGAGACGCACCAGAGACGACAAGAUCGCGACCGGGGACAAGAACGGCGGCGAAGAAUGACAAAGAAUAAUUUGCCGAAGCAGCAAGAACACCGGGACCCAAGACUGUCUCAGAAGAGCCUCCAUAAAGUUGGGAGAAAAAAACUUCAGGUGGCCAAACGUGAGGCGGGUCUCUUCUCCUC